CGGUCUCUCCCACACAGACGGCAGAGCAGCCGAGAGCCAACGCGCUUACAGACUCUUUGCAAACACUCGAGACAUAUUCGCCAGGGAGCGGGAGAACCUCUCAUCAUGUGCAGAGGACUGGAAUCACUGCCAACCACAUGCUUGGAGAGGGCAAAGGAGAUAAAAGCUUUGUUUGGAAGUUUACUGCUGAAGUCGGAUCACGGCGUCACUGGACCGUCUAAGAAAAGUGACAGACAGAGGCUCAACGCUGACGAGCCUCUGAAGUGGAGGGAGUCGUUCCAGAAUCUGCUGUCGAGCCAAAAUGGACUGUGCCUUUAUAGAGCGUUCCUGGUCUCAGAGUUCAGCGAGGAAAACCUGGCCUUCUACCUGGCCUGCGAGGACUACAGGGCCACGAAAGCCUCCAAACUCUCAGCCAAGGCUAAGAAGAUCUACGACCAGUUCAUCGGCUCCGAUGCACCGCGAGAGGUGAACCUGGACCACGCGACCAGAGAGAUCACCAAGAAGAACAUGGAGCAGCCGUCCCAGCUGUGCUUCGACGCGGCCCAGUCCAAAAUCUACGCCUUAAUGGAGAAGGACUGCUACCCCAGGUUCCUCAAGUCCUCCACGUACCUGGAGCUCAGCAGCAGGACAGGCUAAAAGGCCCACGGGGCCCCAGAGGAGCAUCACCAGACGGGGUCGCCCGCCCAGAGAAGACUGGAAAACUUCAGACGGAACCCAUAUCUCAGUCCAGGGAGUUUCAUGCUGGUGUGUGAAUAUCUUGGGAGGCAGAGGUUUCACAGAGUCUGAGCUGGAAGCUGGAAAACAGCUGACGUUUUUCGUCAGACGAGACGAACCUGCAGCGACGCACCCGCGGCACAAGCGCGAAUGUAUGAACAGUAGAGACGGAAGCUGGUUUAGCGUCACGCGUUUGUUUGAGAAUGUUUAUUUAUUUUCUAUUUAUUUAAGUUAUUUGCUCGUUUGCUGUCUACCGACUUGUGUCCGAUGUGUUUUUUAUCUGUUUAAUUUGCACACCGAGAGCUGUGUGUGAAAAUAAGUGCAUUUAAUAAAUGAUCCAGUAUUUUCCAUACACA